AUGGAUGCCGUGAUGGUACAUGGUUUUGUCCAAAUGUGGGAGAAGAACAGUGGAAUGUCAAAGUCAAAAGAAGCAUUCAUUGAAACAGUGCCAGGAAGGAAGAAAGAUAAACUAGUGAUCUAUUUCAAUGCUGAAAAAAUGAGAACUUUUCAGCUAACUGAUAAUAUUAAAAGUGUGGUCCUUAGAUCCCAUGAAGAUGGCCAAAAUCACCUGCAUUUAACUUUCCAGAACAAUAACUUCUUGUUCAUUGAAAGAUUGUCCUCCUCAGAUGCCCAAGAAUUGAAGUUAUACCUGGACAGAGUCCACCAAAAGAAGCUUGAACCAUCCAUGAGAGCUCAUAAGGACAAGCCUAUCCGUAUCAGCAAAGCAACACAGCAAGAAAUCAGUGAAAGUUCAAUUUGCAACAUUGCUAAGAAUUCCAAAAGUGGAUCCCGUGAGACAGCAAAAGUGAGUGUAGCACCUGUCCCCCAGAAGAUACCUAAAAAAUCAAUACUUAAUUGCAAAAAAAUAUUGGAAAAUCAACAUGGGAAGAGGAAAAGGAUGUUGUCUGAUUCAGAGAUAAAUGAGAACAAAAGUCUCGUGAAAGAUUCCACAAGAAAGAAGAAAUCCGACAGGAACAUCUUGAAGUGCAUAAGCCAAAGUUUGAAGUUAAAAGAGAAUAAGAAAUUAGUACUCAAUUCUUCAUUCAUGAGCGAGUCUUCUGAAGACCCUUGCCUAAAGGGCAGUGAAAUUCUCCAAACUCUCACUGAGGAAAUGUUUUUGGCAUUUAUGUUGAAACAAAAGUACAGUGAGUAUUUCCCAGAGUGGGAUAAAUUUGAGAUAUCCUUUGACCUUUACCCAGAGAAAAUAUGGGAAGGCCUCCCCAAUUUGGGAAACACCUGUUAUAUGAAUGCAGUUUUACAGUCCCUGUUUUCAAUUCCAUCAUUUGCUGAUGAUUUACUCAAUCAGAGUUUCCCAUGGGGUGGAAUUCCUGUUGAUGGUCUUAGCACGAGCUUGGCACAGCUGCUCAUUUUGAAAGGUAUCUAUAACGUAAAAGUUAAAGAGAAGUUACUUGUGAAUGUUAAAACUGCCAUUUCAGCAGUUGCAGAGAUAUUCUCUGGUAAUGCACAGAAUGAUGCUCAUGAGUUUUUAGGCCAUUGUUUACAACAGAUGAAAGAGAAUGUAGUAAAUUUAAAUACAAUGUGGAUGAAUAAAAAUGAAUCUGGGGAAGAAAAUUCAUCUCAGGAUGCGUUUGCUGGUAGUAGUGCCAGCAAAAUGCUUGCUUGUCCUGUCAUCACCAAUUUUGAGUUGGAGUUGCUGUGCUCCAUUAUCUGUAAAGGUUGUGGUCAGUUUGUUAUAAAGAUGGAACCAAGUAAUUAUCUUUCCAUCAACCUUCCUCAAGGAAAGAAAAUGUUUCCUGUAUCUAUUCAGUCUACUUUGAAUAAUUUCUUUGCAGCAGAAGAGCUUGAAUACAAAUGUGGGAAGUGUCAGCACAAGAGAUCUGUAGCAUUUCACAAAUUUAGUAGGCUACCCAGAGUCCUUAUCAUUCAUCUGAAACGCUAUAGCUUUAAUGACUAUUGGUCGAUAAGGAAGGAUGACCAAGAAGUCAUUAUUUCCAAAUAUUUAAAAUUGUCUACUCAUUGCAAUCUAAACACCAAACCACCAUUUCCCUUGAGCAAGAAUACACAUAUGAGGGAGUUGCAAAUUUUAAGAAUUUUUCAAACAGUUAAUUCUGGAAUAAUCAGCUCACCACCUUCAGAGAAUUCAGCAUCCGAUUUGAAGAAGUCUCUGGACCUACCCGUUGCAUCAGACAAUGAGUCUAACAAAUUCCAGGGAAUCUUUAAAGGGUCAAAAAAAGGAAAGAAGCAAAAUGACCUUGGAAAAGACUCUAAAUUGAAUACGGUGGAGGCAGAAUUUGUAUACACAGGAGAUAAGACACUUGGUGAAAAACAACCAUUAGCGGGCUCAGUGAGGUAUUUAGGAGACACCUCUGUUUCUCCGAAUCACAAAGGUGGAGGUAAACGCACCACAAACCCAUAUACUCGUCUUGAAGCUCUUCUUCAAAAACUGACUGAAAAUCGAAAACUACAGAUGUAUGGGAAAACCAGUGUGCCUGUGGAAUUAGAUUCUGAUGGUGUCACCAAGACUAAAGAUUCUUAUGAAAAUAAAAAACACAGGAUUCAAGAAGGAUCCCCAAAAGUGGCUAACUAUAUCCAGAAGUGUGCUGGGGUGAGAAUCUAUAAACAAGCUUCUCAACAGGUACCUCCUCAAAGCCUUCCAAAGUCAAAAGCCCAGAAACAAGCAGAGAACCUAACAAGAUCUACAGAAUUCAGUUUCCAGCCAGUUAAUGCAAAUUAUGUAAGUGCAUUGGGUUCCAAUAAGAACCCCGGAAACAAAGACAUCUUUGGUGAGAAGAAGAUGGACUCUAAAGCCCAGGAGCCAAAAAGAAAUACCGAUAAAGUAAAUCAUACCUAUCGUCUCAUCGGUAUUGUCAGCCAUCUUGGGUCGUCUCCAGAUUCAGGCCAUUAUAUCAGUGAUGCCUACGACUUUGAAAGGCAAGUCUGGUUCACUUACAAUGAUCUGCACGUGCAAAGUAUCCAAGAGGCCCCGAUGCUGAGUUCUAGGGCUUGCGCUGGAUAUGUCUUCUUUUACAUGCAUAAUGAUAUCUUUGAAGAGCUGUUGAAAAGGGAGAAGAACUCCCAGCUUCCCUGCACUGGGGCAAGGAAGACCCCUCAGAAGAAAUAA